AUGGGCUCUUUGCUUGACGCAAACUCUAGCACCGUGCGCAAGCGGAUUGCAAACCACACCUUUGACAAUGAAGAAGGCGAAGAAUAUGGGGCUUCGGCCUUUGGGGGGCAUCGUGAUUAUAUGCGUCGCAAGAAAAUCAAGUUACAGAAUUUAGAUGCCGAGAUUCGUUCCUCGGUAUCGGAUUGCCCCCCAAUCUUUCGCGGCGUGGUUGCGCACGUAAAUGGUUACACUCAACCGUCUCUGCAGGACCUUCAUCGCCUAAUUGUAAGCCAUGGCGGCGGUUUCCUCCAGUAUCUCGACGGCAAGACGGCGGCCACCCAUAUCAUCGCAAGCUCUCUCACGCCAAAGAAGCGAGAGGAGUUUCGAAGAUAUCGUAUUGUAAAACCAGCAUGGGUGGUGGAAAGUAUUAAAGCCGGACGCAUACUUCCCUGGGAUUCUUUCAGGGUGGUGGACGAGGGCUACGCUCAGAAAGUUCUCAAAUUCGACAAUGGCCGUAUUCUCAGUCAGACGAAUUGCCCGCCUUCGAGCUACAAAGAUCAAGCAUUUCCAAGUCCGUACACCUCUCGAGCAAAGGAGCUAGACAUAGUGGACGAUGUUAAUAUGCAGCCAUCGGUAUCUAUCGCUGAGCCGCAUAGCGCUGCUGGUUCGUCGCUCAAAGCUACGUCUCAGUCGGAUUACGGCGACUUCCCAAGUUUCAGCUCUACAGACGAGACGAACAAAAUCCCCCUUCCAGAAGAGCCUCAGAAAGACCAAGCACGAGAUCACGAGUCAAGAUUAAGCGAUACGGCCCGUAACCCUAGUCGUAGCAUGUCACCAAAAUCUAAAGCAAUCGUAAAGCCUGCCUCAUCCCCCUCUCCUGCCAAGCCGGACAUGUCAUCCGAAGCAUACAAUGCGCAACUUUUAUCAGAUCCACGCAUGAGGAACUCAAGCGUUGUCAAUCCAGAUUUUCUUCAGCAAUUCUAUAAGGAAUCUCGUUUGCAUCACCUAUCUACGUGGAAAGCUGAGCUGAAGGCCCAGCUUCAAGCAGCAACGAAGGAGAAAUUGCAAUCUCAACCGGCGAAGAAGAAAAGUGCUCCUGGCGCAAGACGAUAUAUUAUGCACGUGGAUUUUGACUGCUUCUUUGCGGCUGUAUCCACUUUAAGAAAUCCGGGUUAUGAAGGAAAGCCAGUUGCUGUUGCGCACGGCACCGGCUCUGGCUCAGAAAUUGCAAGUUGCAACUAUGCAGCUCGUGCACAUGGGGUUAAGAAUGGGAUGUGGAUGAAGGGAGCUCUACAGGCGUGUCCUGAUUUAAAGGUGUUGCCUUAUGAUUUCCCUGCAUAUGAAGAGGCAAGUCAGAAAUUUUACAGUGCCAUCCUUUCCCUAGACGGAAUUGUGCAAAGUGUGAGUAUUGACGAAGCACUCAUUGAUGUCACUACUCAGUGCUUGGAGGCUGGUGGAUCAGAUGGCAGGGGUAUCUCAGAGGGUUCGCUUUAUCGGGAACAAGCAAAGGCAGACGAGAUAGCCCAGAGCCUGCGGGAGGCUGUGAAGCACAAAACAGGCUGUGCUGUAUCGAUUGGAAUCGGUGGGAACAUUCUACAGGCAAAGGUUGCAUUGCGCAAAGCAAAGCCCGCUGGACAAUUCCAACUCAAACCCGACGCUGUUCUAGACUUUAUCGGGGGCCUGACAGUCCAAGACCUACCGGGUGUUGGGCACAGUCUGGGAGGCAAACUUGAAGAACUCGGUGUUAAGCUUGUGAAGGACGUGAGGGAACUUACGCGUGAAAAACUUACUUCUACGCUUGGGCCGAAGCUUGGAGCGAAGAUCUGGGAUUAUGCUCGGGGAAUCGACCGCACAGAAGUUGGGAGUGAGGUAAUGAGGAAAUCUGUCUCUGCCGAGGUCAACUGGGGUAUUCGUUUCGUCAACCAAGCUCAAGCCGACGAUUUUGUGCAAUCUCUGUGCGAAGAAUUACACCGGAGACUCGUUGAAAACCUAGUUAAAGGCAAGCAGUUGACCCUAAAGGUCAUGAGAAGGGCAGCGGAUGCACCCCUGGAGCCAGUCAAACAUUUAGGCCAUGGGAAGUGUGAUGUAUUCAACAAGAGUGUGAUACUUGGGGUAGCCACCAAUGCAGCAGAAACGCUGGGGAAAGAGGCUGUUUCUAUGCUAAGAAGUCUUGCCAUCACGCCCGGCGAUCUCAGAGGUCUAGGGGUUCAAAUGACUAAACUGGAACCUCUUAAACCUGGGAACAUGGGAAAUCUCGACAAUAGCCAACAACAGCUGAACUUCAAGACAUCUCCCGCUCGCAGAAACAUCCACAAAAGCCACGAUCCAGAUGACUUGGCCAGUCCUCGCAAAGGAGAGACUGAUUCCGUCAUCCAUAGGCCGUCUUUGAACGACCGCAAUCACAAACCACUAAAUAUAUCGGGAACUCAGUUUAUAAUGCCAUCCCAGCCUGACCCGAAAGUUGUUGCUGAACUUCCAAAUGACAUUCGAUCGAAACUUAUAUCGCAAGCGAAGCCACCUUGCCCUCCGAGUCGGCGUGCACACCCUUUCGAUGGCACAACACUCCCUCCUCAAUCCCAGCUAGAUCCAGAUGCUUUAGCUGCUUUACCAGACGAUGUGCGAGCUGAAGUCCUGGGUUACUAUGAUCAGUCCUCAAGGACCAAUGGCCCGCAAACUACAGCCUCAGUAGCACCAGCUACCUCGACCUCCCGCCCCUCUUCGUCUGGCUCACUCAAAUUGAAGAAGCCGACGACGCCGACGAAGAGAAAGCGCGGUCGCCCAAGUACUAAAGCAGUCGGCAACCUACGACUCACUCAUUCAAGUUUCGCCGUCCCGAGAUCUACUACACCCACCCCUAAUCUUGAUGAGGACCCCCCUAAAAGGCAAGAAUCCCCUUCAGUGGAACAGAAUGGUGUAUCCGAGGAGUUCCUUGCAGCACUACCCGAGGACAUCCGUCGUGAAGUACUUGAAGAGCAGAAAAGAUCUCGGAUGCUACAGCGUCCCGGUAGCGCCGCCCAGAGAAUACAGAAUAAGCCAUCGGCUUCUGAACCUUCUGCGCCACAAAAGCGCCUCUGUCUACCACCUUUGCCCGAGAGGCCCACCUUCACCUCCCAAAAACUCUCCAACUUGUCUGAUUUGCGGGAUGCUGUCAGCGCCUGGCACGCAACCUUCGCCGAUGAUGGACCCUUCGACGAGGACGUAGAAUCACUCGCUCGGUACGUGAAACGUGUCGUCAUCGAUGAGAAGGACGUCGACAAGGCUGUGCCCAAUAUCCUUGGUGUAUAA